CUCCGCUCCGUUCCACUCCCCGACAAGUGACACCGCUCCCGGGUGAAGUUGGAGCGCGGCUGGGGCUGAGCGCGGCUCUGUGUUUCUCUCCGAGGCUGUAGGUGGUGCGGAGCGCGGCGAUGAAGAGGCAGCCGGCACCCCGCGGGACGCGCCUGGUGCUCCUCGCCCUGCUGGCGUGGCUGCCCACAAGAUCAGUGCUGGCUGACUCCCUGGAAGAUGAAGCUAAGAAUAACAUCACCAUCUUUACAAGAAUUCUAGACAGACUUCUGGAUGGUUAUGAUAAUCGUCUUAGACCUGGAUUAGGAGAUAGUAUUACAGAAGUCUUCACCAACAUAUAUGUGACCAGUUUUGGACCUGUUUCAGACACAGACAUGGAAUACACAAUAGAUGUCUUCUUCCGUCAGAGAUGGAAAGAUGAGAGGUUAAAGUUUAAGGGCCCAAUGAAUAUUCUUCGAUUAAACAAUUUAAUGGCCAGCAAAAUCUGGACACCAGAUACAUUUUUUCACAAUGGAAAGAAGUCAGUUGCUCAUAAUAUGACAAUGCCUAACAAACUUUUACGAAUUACAGAGGAUGGGACACUGCUGUACACAAUGAGACUUACAGUCCAAGCCGAAUGUCCAAUGCAUUUAGAAGACUUUCCUAUGGAUGUGCAUGCUUGCCCCUUGAAAUUUGGAAGCUAUGCAUACACAACAUCAGAAGUGACAUAUAUUUGGACUUAUAAUGCUUCAGAUUCUGUACAGGUGGCACCAGAUGGUUCAAGAUUGAAUCAGUAUGAUCUUUUGGGCCAAACAAUUGGAAAAGAGACAGUUAAAUCAAGUACAGGUGAAUAUACAGUAAUGACGGCUCAUUUUCACUUGAAGAGAAAAAUUGGUUACUUUGUCAUUCAGACGUACCUUCCAUGCAUCAUGACUGUCAUCCUGUCACAAGUGUCGUUUUGGCUGAACAGAGAAUCUGUACCAGCCAGGACCGUUUUUGGAGUUACUACUGUGUUGACAAUGACGACACUGAGCAUCAGUGCAAGACACUCACUGCCAAAAGUAUCAUAUGCUACUGCUAUGGAUUGGUUUAUAGCUGUGUGCUAUGCCUUUGUGUUUUCUGCACUCAUUGAAUUUGCAACAGUGAAUUACUUCACAAAACGAGGAUGGGCUUGGGAUGGAAAAAGUGUAGUGAAUGAUAAGAAAAAAGAAAAAGCAUCUGUCAUUAAGAAAAACAAUGCCUAUGCAGUAGCGGUUGCCAACUAUGCUCCAAAUAUUACCAAGGACUCAGUGCUACCAACCAUCUCCAAGAGCGCUACAACUGCAGAACCCAACAAGGCAAAACCAGAAGCUAAGCCACAGGAAGCAAAGAAGACAUUCAACAGUGUUAGUAAAAUUGACAGAAUGUCUAGAAUAGUGUUUCCAGUCUUAUUUGGUACAUUUAAUUUAGUGUAUUGGGCUACAUAUUUAAACAGGGAGCCUGUUUUACUUGGCUUUGCACCAUCAACCUAAAACCUGAAUUGCACUGAGGACUUAAAACAUCAUUCUAAUCAGAUAGGUUGUUCGCUAUGUACAGUACGACUAAUAACUGCUAAUCUGUGAACCAUUAUGUACAGAGUGUAUAUAAACGUCUUAUCUGUGUAUCUCCAAAGGAGGGACACAGUGUUAAUUCAUGGGUCUGUAAACAGAUAGCACCCAUGGCAAAUAUAGCCAACUCUUUAAAAGUUAUACCCAGGGGAGCUCUGUUAAACUAGGAUUCAAAUAUACAGAAUUAUAUUCUCUCCGUACAAAGAAAUAAAGAUAUGAUCCUACAUAAUUAUUUAGGAACAGUAUUUUUUUAAUUUAAAGUUAAAAUAUUUUUCUACAAAGUAACUGAUUCUACUUUAAUGAAAGGAAUUGUCAUUUAAAAAUGAUUUUUUUAAAAGAGUAUAAUUGUUUCAUACAAUAGUGGUACCCAUGUACAUAAGAGUACGGAGGUCGUACAGUUCUGUUAUUCACAUUAAUUCUGGAUACUAGUUAGGCUGAGGAGGUAGUAAAGGCUACUAUAUUGCAAAAGCCACAAGUUUCUUACUUCUGUCCUGUUUGAACUUGUUAAUAAACUACUACAGUUAAUUUCAGAGAAAAAGUGUUGAGCAGAUUUCUAAUAUUAAUCAGCUUUUACUCUUCACUGUUUUCUUAAUUUGGUGUUGCUAAACCAGGUUUUCUGGCUUAACAAAGUUGGAUUUUUCUGUUUCUUGAUUUUUCUGCUUCUUGAUUUUGUUCUUAAUCAGGUUAUUGUCAGCUUCAUAAAAAUCACUCAAAAAUUUUUCAAGGUUAAGUAUGUUAGUAACAUAAUACAUUCUUUAUCUUGCUCAGUGUUAUUCUAAAACCUGCCGUUAAAGGAUUUGCCUGCAUUUUCCCCAGAAAUUGUUUUCAAAGGAAACAAGAAUUCAUGAUUUAAGUUCAGGAAAUUGUCCAUAUGAAUAAAAUUUACUGCUGCUUUUGUAAAUUGCAACUUUACCUUUCGCUGACAUAAAUUUCCAACAACUUUGUAUACUAAAAAUGGUUUUGCUAAGAUUUGAAUGUUAUUUUUUUAAUAAAAGGUCAUGCAUCAUCAGUAGGUAUCAACUGUAUUUCAUAUAUAUGAAUAUAACAAAAUUGGAUCUGCCAUUUGCAAUUUUAUAUGAACAUUUAAUACUGAUCAGUAAAAUUGUUUUUCAUCUGAGCCUUUGCAAAGAUUCUUUAUGCCCCUAAAGGCCUGGUAAAUCAUAACGUAAGUAGUAAUUGUGUACUGCAUUUAGAAUUUAGUAUAUGUGACCAGUCAAAAAUAUUUUGAUUCACACAUACAUUAGCAGUUAUUAGUUGACCGUUAGGAAAAGAUACACUUUUAUGAUGAUGUCUUCUAGUAGACAUAUGUAGUCGUAUAGUGUCAUUUAUUGCAGUUUUGUACAGUAUUUGAGUAUAGUGCAUAAAAUAGGUAUGUUCAGAGUUUAACAAAGUUGUAAAAAUAUUUCUAAAAUUAAAUAAAAGACUAUCUUAAGACAUGGAAAUGUGCUAAAAACAACAAAAAGAAACUGCUUUUAUUUGUUGUUUUGUUUUCUUGCAUUUUCUUUGCUUUUAAUGUGAUUCUGUUUUGUACUUUGUGUGACUGUAUAGAUGCCAAGGUCACAAAUGCAUUUUAUGAAUAUAAUUAAUAGUUAAGACAGAGUUAACAUCAGCAAAAUAAAGAAGACAGCAAAAUAAAGGGAGAAGUGUGGACAAGGUGUGUAUCCCUUUAAGUCCCUCUGAUUAAACUUUCAGAUUAAGCCUUUCUCAUCAACAGUAGUUAAAAAAAAAGCACUUUACUCAUAAUAUUAAAAAUAUCCUUAUUUUCAUAUAUAUUUAUAUACAAAUGUAGAUCUUCCAUGUAAUGUGGAGAUGUGUGCAAUAGUGUGAUUAUGAGCAUAAGGCUGGAAGGCAAGCAAUAAAAGAGGUUUCUUUCAUGAUAUAGUUACACAUUUAUAAAAUGUUUUCUUUGUAAUUGUUAAUUAUCCCUUUAUUGUCACAUUGUCCAGGUAUGAAUAUAUAAAUAUGUACAUAUGUACAAAUAAUUGUAAAUAUUAGAACUGUAGAAAAUCCCCUUCACUUUUAACUCUGUUUUUGGCAAAGGGCUCUGACUGUAUAGUUUAAUGGAGGCCCAUGCUUAACUGCUCUUGGACUUGAGUAGCUUGAUUAUGUUUUCUGUAGUUGAGGUCUUCCUUCUGUGACCUAGAGAGAGUUCUUACUUUCAGUUCAUGCCAGCAAGAUGUAGGGACUCUCUGAACCUCACUGACUGGGCUUUGAGAAGGGGAAGUUUGUAUUUCACCCUUGUCCAUAUCCCAGGUACUCCAAAUACUUCACGGUGUUCAAAUAAUAUUGUGUAUUUCUCUACGGUUGGUACUGUGUAGUCAGAACUCUCCCCGCUGUAAACGUGCCUGCACUCAGACACAUGUUGGAUUACCUUAUAAGGAAGGAUUUUGCAUCUUUACACAAGAACAGAUACCCUCAAAUGCUUUUGCCUGUACAAGUUUUUGUUUGUUUGUUUCUUUUUUCCUCUUUUCCUUUUUUUUUUUUUUUGUUUUUUUUUUUUUUUUUUUUUUUUCCUGGUAGAUAACAUCUGUGUAAUUUUCACUGCAUGCAAAAAAAUUUCUGCAGUUUGCACAAGAAGCUUGGUGCUGUCUCACAUUAGCCAGCUCUACUGCUACUGUUUCUAUUGGGUGCAAUGGUUUUUUCAUUCACUGAUUAUUUUCUCUAUGUCUUAUAUCUAGAGACAAUCAAGUCAAAGAGGCAUUUAUCAUGUGCUGAAAAUACUUUUAUCACAUGCUAAUAUAGAAAAAUAAGCUUGCUAUAUAAAUUCACUCCAUUAAUCAUGUUAAAUAGCCACAUGCAGUUCCUGUGGGCAUCAGCAUGGUUUUAGAAGUGUUUGUGCUAAAUAAAUGUUCGAUUUUACAUUCAGUUCAGUUGGUUUGCAUUCAGGCAGUGUCAAGGGGGCGAAAGGAGUCUGCAUUAUUAUUUCAGUACUGAAAUGGAGAAAAAAAGUAAAUUGAUUACACAGAAAUUGUAUACUUGUUAGACAGCUGGAUAAGUGAACACAGGCAUCAUGCAGGGAACACUGAAAACAGACCUUCUUUCCAUUUAAUGAUAUAACUCCUGUGAAUGUGAGUUUAAAGCUCGUUUCAGAAAUGCAUGUGCCAAACACAUGAAAUUUUCUUUUAUUUCAUUUAAGACUUGCUGGUAUAUUAAAUACUUAGAGAGCACGAGUGAACAAAUGCACAUCACCACUCUCUGAGAACUGCACAUGGAAUCUAUCUGUGAAAUUCUGAUUGACAUGCUAAUUUAAUUUAUUUUUUCUGUUAUUCUUGGAUCAGGGUGUCAUAUCAUUUUUCUAUGUAACUUAAGAAACAAAUAGAUAAAUGCAAUGAUACAAUGUUGCAGUAAACAUGGAUUGGAAUUAUCUUAAAUCUGAACAAGGUUAAUAGAGUAAGUUUCCAGUGUAGUACUGGAACAUGCAAUUCUGGAUGCAUGCGGUCAGUAAUUUAACAGUAAUUUAUAUAUCAGCAUGAAGAAUAUAGAGAUCAGCAGGGUUUAUCAGCCAGGGUUGUCUGCUGGAGGCUUCUUAACAGAUUGCUUUUAAAACUGAGGUUCCAGAAUUUUUGAUCAUGUUGUAGCCAAUGAACUUUACUUUCCAUAUCUGGGCAAAUCAACUCAUAACUGCUGCAUUACUGAAUAUCUUUAAAAAUAUAUAUUAUAGUAGGUACUGUGAGACAGGAGUUUUGGCUUGGGAGACUACUCAUACUGCUGAACAUCAUGCUAAAUAGGAAUAUCAUGCUAAAUAUGAAUACUUAGGAAUAUGAUUUAGCUGGGAAGUAUUGGUAGUGGUUGGACUAGAUGAUCUUCUAGGUCUUUUCCAACCUUGAUAAUUCUGUGAUUCUGUAAAUUAAGAAGAUGGUCUGCCUUUAUAGUCAUGGAAGAGAGAACAAAAGAGCUUCACUAGACUCCAGACAGGAACGUUACCGAAUCACCUUCUCUUCCCAGUGGUUAUAGAUUACAUGGGGUGGUGAGACUGUAAAGUGGGCUGACUUGUACCAGUGUGAAAACAACCAAAAGCAGCUGGAGGAAGGUAUGGAUAUAUUGAGGAGUGGUAAAGAGAAGAAAAUGACAGUGCUACUGUGUCUGUGGAUUGUCAGAUGACUGACGAAAAAUUAUUGAAGGAGGUAAUGUGUAUUUUUAUUCAGGUUCAGUUCUCAGCUUUUGUUGCUAUACAUGUGUUUAGGAAAAGUAACUUUUAGAGCAUAUAAAAUUGAAAUACUCCAAGUAUAAUUCUGCUGAACUUGAGGGAAACGAUUUGUGCCUUUGAAAUGGAAAGGCUCCUACUGACAAGUUAUGGAAAGCAUGCAAAAUGGUGGGUGCUUCCUGCAGUUUCUGAGAACUAAGGCAGAAAAAGGAAAAAAGCAUCUGGAGUAAAGUAGAAAUUAGUUAAUACCAGGAUUUAUUUUCUUAAGAGGUGUGACUUUCACUUAUGCACAGAUAGAUAGCCAAUAUUAAUUCUCCAUACUUCUCAUUCAUGUUCUGAAAAGUCAGUAUGGCACAAGUUCUUGCUUUGGCUUUUUAUAAAACAAAUAAAGUUUACACUUCUGUCCAUUCCUAGCAGAUUUGAAUGAAAGAGAAUUUAAGUAUGGAUGUGAAGAUGUCAGUUCACUAUGUACAAACACAGAAUGGUAAAGUAAAUAGGUAAUAAUGAGUUUUGAAACAGAGUAAGAUAACAUUCAAAAAUGAACCACAGAAUUUACAUGGCUUCAUUGAAACAAAAAUAAAAACAAAACAAAAGCAGAAUAUGAUAAAAAUGCAAUUGUCUGAAUAAAUCUAAAUAGAAUCUCUGAAUGUGGUAAAAUUUGACCUUUAAACAUUAAAAUAAGGGGGAAAAAAAGGCAUGUCAUACUACAGCCUCCAUUAAAAUAGGUGGCUUUUUAGAAAGUAGAUUUUUGAUAUUACUUCCACCCCUUCAAAAUGACAAUAUAUCCUUAGCUAGAAUGCUGCCAACUUGCAUAUCUUUAACAUUUCUUUCUUUUUUUUUUUUUUUUUUUUUUUUUCCUAGUUCUGGGGAUCCCUCCCGUGCUUCAUUUCUGUAGGUAACCCAAACUCCCUACCAGCCAGAACUUUUAAUUCUGCUAUUAUAAAUUCUAAUAUUAGUUCCAGCCUACUGAAAAUCAGUGUUUUCAUCACUUUAGAACUUCAGUAAUUAAAUUUAAGUUCAAGUCUCAAAAGUUUGUUUCAAUGAAUGGCAUACGUUAAGUAUAGAAAAGGUUGUUUUCCUCUACUUUAUUUAAUUUUCUUUCUUCUAGAUUUAGAUCUCUCUAGGUAAAUUCUUGUGCUCAGUAAGACCUAAUCAAGUGUUACUGGGGGAGGCUAAGGUUUGAGGGCUUGACCUCUUCGGCUGUGAUUGGGGCAAAACUUGGGCUGAAUUUAAAGGAAAACUGAUUAUGUUCCUAAGCAUGUUCCUUUAUAUCAUGGAAGUCACUGAGUUGGUUUUUUUUUCUAAAAGGGCAAUACACCUUGGAGUACACUUGGGCCCUCCAACCAUACUGAAGUAUGAGACCUGAUGUCAGUUUUAACUGUGGCUCAUUUUAGUGCCCUUUAAAAGUGUUUUAAAAGUGUUGUGAGUGAGGAGUGGGUGCUAACACUCUCAAAAAGGAAUUUGGAGGAUAUUUGAAAAUAUGCAAGAUUAUGAAUACUCUUCCUCUAGUGUUGGUGUCUACAUAAAUAUAUAUGAAUAUACUUGUUGUUAUAUUAUUUAAAAGUUAUAUUGUUUUCAAACUUAAAAUCCUUAUAUAACAAUUCUUCACUUGAUCAAGUUGCCUGGAGCACAUGUUUAUGCAUUCAAGAUGUUUAAUGAUUGCACUGAGUGCUUUCAUUCAUCUGAUAUACAAAGGUAAGAAUCAGCAAGUUGAAGUUUAUUUCUUUUCCAGUAUUUCAUCCAUCCAUCUAUUCUGUCGGGGAUGGAAAGAAUGGAACAAGAGAAUGCUUUGAUCAACUGCUUUUGAUAUUCUUUAAUGUUCAUUUUUGCUGAAUUUAUCAGUUUUAAGGCUACUAUAGCUUAGCAUUAGCAUGGAAAGCAGUGUAGUACUUUACAUCUAUUAGAAUAAAUACAUACAAUAUUCACCAUAUCUAUAAACUGUUAAAAAAUCAGUUCCUAAGCAUUCCUUCACCCUCUACCUUUGAGCAUAGUCACUUUACUAGGAAAACUUUAAAGGCACUUUAAUUUUAAUGAAAGUGAUUAGAAUAAGUCUUGAUAAAAGAAAAAUAAUAAAAGUAAUGUGGAGUCUGAUUCAGACGUUAACAAUUUCUCAGCUGGACUGCAGUCAGAAAACAUUUAUAUAUUGAAUAACAAAUUUAUUUUAGUGAGUCAAUUAGAUGUGAAAAUGUAUGGGAGUGUGAAAAUAUAUGUUUUCAGUGUAUUAACAAGAAAUGUGGAAAAAGGAAUAAUGGAACCAAUAAUUCUAAAGAAAACUGAACACCAAUCAAAUAUACACAGUAAGAAACUGCAUGAUAAAUGUAAGUAUUCUUAACCUUGAACAUCAAUGUCAUAUAAAAUCUUCUGGGUGAAAGUUCACUUUAUUUAAUAGGUUUCAUAGUUACAAAUAAUUAAAGAGGAUGAUAAUAUUCUGUAAUUUGUGACCUUGUUUUAACUGGAAAAAGUUGUUACUUUUCUAAAAUGUAAAAGAAAUAACUUGAUUUAUGUUUGAAUGUGUCACUUUGCUUGCUAUUGAAGAAUAUUUAUUAAUCACAUGCAAAAUAUUGCUUAACAUUAUCUUUUUGUACUUCUUAUUAAAGUUAAUUUAAAUAUA